UUUGUAUACUCGCUCUUUUUGACGUUUGUGCUGCGUGGAUGUUGCAGAAAUUGUUUUGUUUUCUCGCAAUAAAUAUAUAUAAAAUACCAAAAUGCGUCCGUUGAUGUUGCAAGGCCACGAGCGUUCCAUAACGCAAAUCAAAUACAAUCGUGAAGGCGAUCUGCUCUUCUCAUGCUCCAAGGAUCAGAAACCCAAUGUCUGGUAUUCGUUGAACGGUGAACGUCUCGGCACCUACGAUGGCCAUCAGGGAGCCGUAUGGUGCCUGGACGUGGACUGGGAGACUAGGAAGCUAAUCACCGGUGCCGGCGAUAUGACCACCAAAAUCUGGGAUGUCGAAUAUGGCACUGUGAUUGCUUCCAUAGCGGCAAAAUCUUCGGUGCGUACAUGCAAUUUCAGUUUCUCCGGCAACCAGGCAGCGUACUCCACGGACAAGGCGAUGGGUCAGAACUGCGAGCUCUUCAUCAUCGAUGUACGUAAUGCAGAUUCAUCUCUAUCUGAGCAGGCGCCUACACUUCGUAUACCAAUGGUGGAGUCAAAGAUCACCUCCAUGCUAUGGGGACCUCUCGAUGAGACUAUUAUAACAGGUCAUGACAAUGGUAACAUUGCCAUUUGGGAUAUCCGCAAGGGACAAAAGGUUGUUGACUCCGGCUCCGAUCACACGGCAGGAAUCAAUGACAUGCAGUUAAGCAAAGAUGGCACCAUGUUUGUGACCGCCUCGAAGGAUACCACAGCCAAGCUGUUCGAUUCCGAGUCUCUGAUGUGUCUGAAGACCUACAAAACAGAGAGGCCAGUGAACUCAGCUGCAAUCAGUCCGAUACUGGAUCAUGUUGUGCUUGGCGGUGGCCAGGAUGCUAUGGAGGUGACCACAACGUCAACGAAGGCGGGCAAAUUCGACUCGCGUUUCUUCCAUUUGAUCUACGAGGAGGAGUUUGCUCGUCUUAAGGGACAUUUCGGUCCCAUCAACAGUUUGGCCUUCCAUCCGGAUGGCAAGAGUUACGCCUCCGGUGGCGAAGAUGGUUUCGUGCGUGUCCAGACAUUUGAUAGUACAUACUUUGAGAAUAUUUUCGAGUAGUUCCGGCCCGGUCUGUAGUUGUUAGUAGUUCCACAAUCUUUCGUCAUCAUCGUCGAUGCGCGCCAUGUACAUGUGCAUAGAUAACUUUCAAAUAUAUGCGAGAACAAGACGAA